AUGGCUAAAGACACGGCUUCUCCAGCUGAUAGGGCGAACGUGCUUUGGGGGCGGAGUCUCCGUCUGUUCAUAAAGAGGGCGAAGGCAGGCGGAGUUACAGCAGUUAGUUUCUCGCCGUCUGUUUCUGUAGUUUUAGUAGCGUUAGUGCUUUGCGGGUCGACGGGUGCUUGUACUGCUGAUUGUAAGACUGUGCUCUCUUUCUGGGCUCCCGUGGAGGCUAAUCCCAAAUAUUAUGGAGAGAUUAUUCUCCUACGCUUGUUUGAGACACAUCCAGAUGUCCAGAAGCUGUUCCCUAAGUUUGCUGAACUUUCCAAAGAGCAGCUGCAGAACAAUCCUGGCGUCCAGGCCCAUGGGGAAAUUGUGGUUUGCAAGCUGACAGAAAUCCUAAAAGGGGAACCUGAGGAAGUUGUGAAGGCUUUGGCUGAAACUCAUGCCAAGCAGCACAAGAUUCCUCUGGUUAACUUCCAGAUCAUCAGUGAAGUCAUUGUCAUGGUGGCAGCAGAGAAGCUUGAUGGCUUUGGUCUUGAUGCUCAAACAGCCCUGAAGAAUGUGCUGAAGCAGUUUCAGAUUAGAAUGGGAGCUUGCUAUGAGGAGCUUGGAUUUAAUAAGUAGUUCAAAUUGUGGUUUGUGUCAACUGUCUCAAUCUGAUGCUUUUGAGCUCUGGUUUGAAUAA